AUGAAGACGAGGCAAAGACUCUGGUUUCUGCUCUGGGUGUGUGUUUGCUGCGUUGGUCUUGUGUGCUGCUGGCACGAUCUGGAUAACAGCGAGUACGACUGCUGGCCUCUGGACAAACCCAACGAGUACAAUAUGAUCAACUGUGGAGGUCUGGAGAUGGCCUGGGUGCUUCGUCCUCCAGAACUGAUUAAGAGUGGGGAGGUGUUCAGCGUCACAUACUCGGUAACAGCCCAAGACUCGUUCUACCAGUGGGCGGUUGAAAACCAAGUCUUUACUCAAAGUUUGAUAGAAAAUGCCGAACAGGCUCGAAAGUUCUGCGAACAUCACGACUGUCCUGCCAACUGGAAAGAUGCCGACGGAGACAACUGCUGCAUUCAUCACGCUAACAUCCACUCCUGUCCGCUGGGACACAUGACCUCAGAGAGCAUCUGUGGUCCCUGGAUUCCUGACGAUGGAAAAAUCUUCACACACACCAUCUCUACCUCGGGCAAGAUGACCCAGACCAACUGGUCCGCUAAGGUGGUCCUUUUCCAUGCUGGACUCACCUCACUCAUCGCUCAUAUACGAGUUGGUAACAUGCAGGUUGCUCUGGAGGCUAAGAGCACCGUGCUGCCUGCUGUUGUUUGUGGUGAUGGAGUGUGUGAGGAGGCAGAGCUUUGUUCCACCUGUCCAGCUGAUUGUGGUGAUUGCCCCAUGACCCCGGCCACAAAGCUGGCCAUCGGCCUGCCGCUGAGCCUGCUGUGCCUCUGUGUCAUACUGACCGCUGUGUGGCUGCGGUACCAGAAGCAGAAGCUGCUGUGGGACGAGAGCUGGAUCAUUGACUUUACAAUGAUAAAACAAGAUCAGGAGGCUCGUUUGACCAUGGGCAGUAUAAUGAGUGUCCCAGUGGGGAACAGUGACAGUAACACCAGCUGUGUGAGUGCUCUCAGCUCCUGUAUGGGACAACCAGGGACCCGAAAAACACCUUUCACCUGCACUGGGAUAUAUGACGGCAGGGCGGUGGCCAUCAAGAGGAUCCAAACAAAGUCUUUUUCUCUCUCCAAAACCAUCAGACAGGAAGUCAAACAAGUCAGGGAGCUCGAUCACCCCAACCUGUGUAAGUUCAUCGGUGGAUGUGUUGAGGUGCCAAAUGUUGCUAUAGUGACGGAGUACUGCCCAAAAGGAAGCCUUAACGACGUCCUGCUUAACGAUGAGAUCCCGCUUAACUGGGGCUUCAGGUUUUCCUUUGCUACUGACAUUGCCAGAGGGAUGUCAUACCUCCACCAACACAGGAUCUGUCACGGCAGACUCAAGUCUCUAAACUGUGUCUUAGACGACCGCUGGGUCUGCAAAAUCACUGAUUAUGGGCUGCAGAUGUAUCGCAGGGACGACGGGGGGGAGCCUGUUUCCACCUAUCAGCAGAGACUCAUGGAGGUGUACAUGCCGCCCGAGUUUCACAACUCUAACAUUGAGCCGUCGUUGGCUGGAGACGUGUUCAGUUAUUCCAUCAUUCUUCUGGAGAUAGCUACUCGCAGUGAUCCCGUCCCUGUGGAGGAGUCUAACCUGGAGUGCGCCUGGUGUCCUCCUCUACCUGAGCUGAUCUCCUGUAAAGCCGACAACACUUGUCCCUGUCCUGCUGACUACGUAGAGCUGAUCCGGCGAUGCCGCUCUCAUAACCCCGCCCAUCGUCCCACGUUUGAACAAAUCAGGAAGUUUGUUAAUCGAAUCAACCCCAUCAAAGUCAGCCCAGUGGACAUGAUGAUGAACCUGAUGGAGAAAUACAGUAAGCAUCUGGAGGUUUUGGUGGCUGAGAGGACUCAGGAUCUGAUGCACGAGAAACAAAAGACCGACAGGCUGCUAUACAGUAUGCUUCCUCGGCAGGUAGCUGAUGACCUGCGGCAGGGGAAACCAUCGCAGGCUCAGAGCUACGUCAGCGCCACCGUGUUCUUCAGUGAUAUUGUGGGCUUCACCCAGCUGUCCAGCAGCAGCACUCCCUACCAGGUCGUGGACUUCCUCAACAAGCUGUACACGACGUUUGAUGACAUCAUUGACAUCUACGACGUUUACAAGGUGGAAACCAUCGGAGAUGCUUACAUGGUGGUGUCCGGUGUUCCCCUAGAGAACGGGAUCCUCCACGCAGCAGAGAUCGCCAGCAUGGCUCUGGAUCUGGUGGGCGUCUGUCGCACCUUCAGGAUCCCCCACAAACCCAACACACAGCUGCAGAUACGAGCUGGGAUACACUCCGGUCCGGUGGUGGCGGGGGUCGUAGGGACGAAGAUGCCUCGUUACUGUCUGUUUGGAGAUACAGUGAACACAGCAUCCAGGAUGGAGUCCACCAGCGUGGCUCUGAAGAUCCAGUGCAGCUCCAGCGCCUUUUACCUGCUGGAGGAGAUCGGCGGCUACGUGGUGGAGUGCCGAGGGAUGCUGCAGGUCAAGGGGAAAGGUGACAUGGUAACAUACUGGCUGGAGGGGAAGAAGACAGCUCUGGUCUCCAAGGAUGUCAGUCCUGAUGCCAAGACGACCAAACACGUCACCAUGGAGACGGAGAUGGAGACGGAGAAAGAACGAGAGCUGUAUUCAUCCAUGCCGGGGUUCCUGAAUCACGACUCUCUCCUGGACCCGGCCUGA